AAAAUGAAGAAGUCCAAAGCCGUAGACGUUGACUCAGACAAAGACUCCAAAUAUUGAGAGGGGGAAUUGAACGAGUCUUCGUCGUCGGAGGCACAGGGGAUUUGGUGGGUGAUGGCUUAAUCCCUCCUUGCGGUGGUGCUGCUGUUGCCACACCAAUUGCUCACUCCUAAAUAGAAAUCUCCGGCUUUUUCUUACCGGAGUUUGGCCGGAAUGAGAGGUCGGAACAAUUGAAAGAGCGGAGGAGAGGUAUGCGAUGUGUAGGCAGCGGUCCGAUGAGAGAUCGGAGAGGGAUAGCCGUUAAUGGGACUGGAAUUGCAGAUGACGGGGCAGCGGAGUCUGAUUAGUGGGAAGCGUAAGAAGGGGCCACCGAUAGGGUUAAGGAACCUCGGCAACUCCUGCUACCUCAACAGCGUUCUUCAGUGCCUCACUUACACACCUCCUCUUGCCAAUUUCUGCCUUCGGUAUCAGCACUCGUCUUCGUGCGAUUCGACUUCCAACGCCGAUAGGAAGCGCGACUGUCCGUUCUGUUUGCUUGAGAAACAGAUUGUGCGCUCCCUCAGCGUGGAUCUCACCCAAGACGAGCCUGUUGCGAUCCAGAGUUGGUUCAGGAUUUUUGCAGAGCACUUCCGGUGCGGUCGCCAGGAGGAUGCGCAUGAGUUCUUGCGGUAUGUCAUCGAUGCCUGCCAUAACACCUGCUUGCGUCUCAAGAAAUUGCAGCGCAAGGGCAGCGAGCCCUUCAAUGGGAACACCGUUGUUAAGGAGAUCUUUGGCGGUGCUCUACAGAGCCAAGUUAAAUGUUUGUCAUGUGGUGCUGAGUCGAAUAAACUCGAUGAGAUUAUGGAUAUCAGUCUUGAUAUAGCGCACAGUAGUUCGCUUAAGGAUGCAAUGCACAAGUUCUUCCAGCCUGAGCUUUUAGAUGACAACAAUAAAUACAAAUGCGAGAGUUGUAAGAAAUUGGUGGCAGCUAGGAAGCAAAUGUCUAUACAUCAAGCUCCUAAUAUCCUUGUAAUCCAACUUAAGAGAUUUGGAGGCAUAUUUGGUGUAAAGAUUGAUAAGGAUGUUGCAUUGGAAGAAGUUUUGGUCCUUUCGAGUUUCAUGUGCAAAGCAAGCCAGGUAAGCCAGGAUCCAGAGCCAGAGUAUAACCUUUUUGGUACUAUUGUGCACUCAGGAUAUUCACCAGAAUCUGGUCAUUAUUAUGCAUAUAUUAAGGAUGCAAUUGGGAGAUGGUAUUGCUGUGAUGAUUCAUCUGUCUCAGUUUCCACUCGGCAGAAGGUAUUGUCAGAGAAGGUUUACAUUCUUUUCUUCUCUCGUGCUAACCAAAGGCCAAGGUCUGCCUAUACCACUUUUGCUUCUAGGGGAUUGAAAACUCAUGAUUCUAAUGGAAAUGAGGUGUCAAAAUCCCCGAAUGUUUCUGAUCAGUCAAAAUCAGGAAAUAUAAAUGCUACGGUUGAGCAAUUGCCUCGGAAGGAGACAUUGACCAAAUCAAAUGUUGGGAAAAUGUCUUCAAGUUCGCAGGUCAAGUUUAACAUUUCUGAAAAAUCAGGUUCCAAAAGAGUUUCUCCUGUUAAUGGAAGAGUAGAUUUACACAAGGCUCAGAAUGGGGUUACUAAUGGUGGUUUUAAGAUCUCAAUUCAUUCUGAGAAGAAUGUGAAAGAUACACCAUCAAUGGGUUACAGGGAUUUUUCUGACAAUAGCAGAAAGUUGGAUACACUAGCUAGUGAAAAUGGCCAAGUGGUUGCAUUAGAGAGUGAAAAUGGCCAAGUGGUUGCAUUAGCAAGUGAAAAUGGUGGCACGCAGAAUUCACAUGCAGCAAAAUCAGGCCAUUUUGAAGGUAAUGGUACCAGGAAUAUGGAGGGCAUAGGAAAGAGCUCUGGUUGCCAUGAAUUGAUGAAUGGUGGUGUCAAGUGCUUCUCUGAUUUAAGGUCCAAGAGAAAACCUGAGGACUCCUGCGUUUUGCUUGUGCAGGAUGCUCAAUCUCGUGCAGAAGUUGAAAAUCUAAAAGCUGUUUUGAGGAACAAAGCUUCUUCAGUUUUGAGAUCCUGUGGCUGGAUUGAUGAAGUUUACAGUUUUAUGCGAUCAAGGAGGAGGUUAUGUGCUGGAGAGGGUGGAAACACUGAGAGUGGCAGUGAUUUGAAGAAGAAGUUGAUUGCUGAUGCAAGAUCAUCUUUUAUUUCAAAAGUACCUCAGUCGUUGAAGGAGGAUCUUGUGAAUCGCCUCUCGUCAUUCAGUCAAGAAAAACGAGAACAUCUGGGUCCUUGAUCAGCUAACUGGUUUUUAAGCAGUCCCCUGAUAUUUGUAGCUGAGGGAGCUUAGCGUAUAAUCCGCAUCACUAAUUAGUAUUGUACUGACGGUAGUGUGUUGGGGGUUUGUUAGUCCCACCUCUUUGAGGAAUUGGUGGCAGUGACCUGCCAUUGAUCUUUUGCAAGAGGAAGUAUUGUUUAGACUUGUAGGUGCCCUAUUAAUGAUUUUGAGAUGAAAAGUGGCCGGCUGAGUUCAAAUGUGCGAAAAGAUUUCUUCUUUGAGGGCCUGAAAUUGGUUAUGGCAGAGAAAACAGGAAUCCUAAUUCAUUCUGUAUAUCUUUUUGCAGAGAAUUACCCCUAGUAUAAAUUCUAUUUUUGUGGAUUCAUUAAAAUUUUUCAUUUACAUUUAAUAGUGUCUAUUGAUGUGUGUAAUAUUGUUGAG